GGGAGCUCGGGAGGGUCCCGGGUCCCCGGAGGGGGCGGGCCGUCCCGCAGCUGGAAACGUAUCUUCUGCCUUCUUUUCUCUACUCCCUGCGCCUGGAGUUGCCGCUUCCAAGAAGAGGAGCUGAGGGGGACUAGCCGGGGCUCAGGAGCUGCUAGAGGCGCCGGCUUGUCUUCCGCCCCCUCCCUCCUCGCCCUCCCCCGCUUGCCGUGGCUCUCGCGGUCUCUGGAGCGUCUUCAGAGAACGGGGGGGGGGCGGGAGGUGUCCUGGCCCCAGAGCCGCUGGACGCCCCUCCAGACACCGAAGCUACCGGCCCCCGCCCGCUUCGCUGCUGCGACUCUAGAGGAGGGGGCUUGGGAAGGGAAGACACACCUUUCCUUCUUUCCUCCUUUGGGCCCCUUUGGAAACAUUAAAAAAUGUUUAAGCUUUUCGAUAGCUAAGAUAGAACGGUUGGAAGCUUUUUGAAAGUUUAAAAGAAACGCACUCUCCUACGUUUAAUGUAUUACUACUGUUUGUGUGGCUUUCUGGUCCUCUUCCACCACCCACUCCACGGCCCCCCGCACUCCCUCUUCCCCGCCCCCUCCCCGCACCACUCCCCCCGCAGCUGUUACCCUUUUUGAGGAUGCUGAAGAGGCAGGAGGCAGGGAUUUUCUAAAAGUUCUAUUGAUAAACACACUUGCACAAACAUAUGCUAGGCACACGCAUAAACUAUAAACAUUAGCGAAAAACACAAUAUGGCGUACAGCUACACUACCUAGUGCGGUAAUCCGCUGAUCUCAACACUGAACCCAGUUGAAUGAGGUCACUAGCAGGAUGACAGUUCUUGAAUAAAAAUCUCAAUGAAACAGGAAGUAAUUUUGGAAGCCUGUGGGUUAAAUAACACCUUCAGAAUCAGCAUUGGCCUAAGCUAAGUUGAGCACGUUAACUUUUAAGACGUGUGAAACUUGUCUUCACUACUUCUAGCCAUUAAAAAUACCAACAUGAACCUAAAGGCGAGAGUUUUUCACUGCGUGGUCCUGUGUUAAGUUUCAGCUAAUAAAAUUAGCAGAGGCCACUUAUCCCCACAUGUUUUCAAGCCAGUUCUAUCCUAAAGUUACUAUCGGAACUUGUUGCUAUCGAAAGUUUUAAAACAAAUUGUAACGACCAUUUUGUUAAUAAAUUCCAUAGCUGUAAACACUACAUUUAAAUGAUAAGCAGUAACGUUAGCAAAUUCAGUUCAUAAAAGGUUUACCUUCUUACCUCUUGCUCCUAAUCCCAGAUACUAUUUGCUGUCACAUGAGAAUAGUUAAACUAUACCCUCCACUGCCCCUCAUAUAAGUUUGACCAGUCCAGAUUUGGGUACUUUGUGCAUUUCAGCUUUACAUGUAGGUAUUUCUAUAUUUUAGGAAAAGAAAAAAAAAAACAAUUUACAUUGAUUUUUCAAGUCUUUACUCUUCUUCUUAAUCAGAGUGUAUCAAAGUUGAUGCACAAAUAGUGCAUGGUGAUACCACUGUGCCCUCUUGGGAAUGGUCUUUCUCAAAAAAGCUUUUGGAUUUGCCCUUGAAGAAUUGCGGAUGUUACUCAUUGUUCAGUGCUCAAGGUUUAAUUCCUAAGAUUGUGGUUGUGAUUUCCAUUGAGCUCAAUUUUGAAGGGAUUUAGGCUUAAGAAUAUAUGGUGCUCAAGUAAACAGGUGAGAGGAAGAAGAAAAGUGAAUUUUCUAGAAAUAUAUUAGCUGCUCAGUGAGUCCAGCAGUUGGGUAUUUUUGGUUUUGUGAUUUCAGAUCUCACAGACCAGUGGAAUACAUGCCUUUUGCAUAUGAAGAUCAGGUGACAAGUUAACUGUGUACCAGCCUCCAAAGCAAUACGCCCUUUCAUGGUUUUCAUUCCCAGCCUGGCUUGGCUGCAUUGGAAUCAAUUACUUCAUUAAAAGUCCCUGGAUCUAAUGAAGAAAAGCUGCCUCAGUUACCAAGUCACACAAAAAGUAUUAAGGAUUGCCCCUUGAGACUCUGAAGACUGAAGAGUGCCUGAUAAAUUGCAUGUCUGUCUGUGCCCCAUAGCUGCACAGAAAGAAAAGGAAAAGUGCAGUAGCAAAGUCAAGAGAUUAAAGCAACUCAAACAACUUUACAACUUGCCCACAUGAGAUAAUGACUGCCUGAAGUUACAUUUAGAGACUGAAAUCACUGCACCUUAAAAACAAAAGAUUGAACUGCACUGCAUUCCUAAUGUUUCGCCAUCACUAACUGGAUAUUCAUCACAACUUUGCUGUCGGCAGUGGCUGACACUUUUCCUCCACGCUUUGAGAGGAAGAGAAUUGGCUGGAAUAAAACCUUGCCUUCCACAUGGUCGACUUGAAAUACAGCAUUGAAAAGUUCCGUGACCAUCAGUCUGUGGCCUGCCCCUUCUCUUUAUAUGCAACCGCUCUCUGUUCCCUGCCCCAAUGAACAUCUGCACUAGGCCCAAGCCUUGGAGUGAUUUACCUGAAGAGUGACACCAUUUAUUUGGAAACUACUAUGAGGAAACUGAAGCCCAGAGAGGUGAAGUGAGGUGCCCAAGGCCACACAGCAAGUUAGAGGCACAGCUAGUACCAUAGCUCAAGUCUCCUGACUCCCAGUCCAGUGCUCCUCCCAUUACUCCACGGGUCCUGUCUCUAAGCUUCCUGACAAAUGCUAGAACGGAAGAAGCCCAAGACAGCUGAAAACCAGAAGGCAUCUGAGGAGAAUGAGAUUACUCAGCCGGGUGGAUCCAGCGCCAAGCCGGGCCUUCCCUGCCUGAACUUUGAAGCUGUUUUGUCUCCAGACCCAGCCCUCAUCCACUCAACACAUUCACUGACAAACUCUCACGCUCACACCGGGUCAUCUGAUUGUGACAUCAGUUGCAAGGGGAUGACCGAGCGCAUUCACAGCAUCAACCUUCACAACUUCAGCAAUUCCGUGCUCGAGACCCUCAACGAGCAGCGCAACCGUGGCCACUUCUGUGACGUGACGGUGCGCAUCCACGGGAGCAUGCUGCGCGCACACCGCUGCGUGCUGGCGGCCGGCAGCCCCUUCUUCCAGGACAAGCUGCUGCUGGGCUACAGCGACAUCGAGAUCCCAUCCGUGGUGUCGGUGCAGUCGGUGCAAAAGCUCAUUGACUUCAUGUACAGCGGCGUGCUGCGCGUCUCGCAGUCGGAAGCCCUGCAGAUCCUCACGGCCGCCAGCAUCCUACAGAUCAAAACAGUCAUCGAUGAGUGCACGCGCAUCGUGUCACAGAACGUGGGUGAUGUGUUCCCGGGGAUCCAGGACUCAGGCCAGGACACGCCACGGGGCACCCCCGAGUCAGGCACAUCGGGCCAGAGCAGCGACACCGAGUCGGGCUACCUACAGAGCCACCCGCAGCACAGCGUGGACAGGAUCUACUCGGCGCUCUAUGCAUGCUCCAUGCAGAACGGCAGCGGGGAGCGCUCCUUCUACAGCGGUGCAGUGGUCAGCCACCAUGAGACCGCACUCGGCCUGCCCCGUGACCACCACAUGGAAGACCCCAGCUGGAUCACGCGCAUCCACGAGCGCUCUCAGCAGAUGGAGCGGUACCUGUCCACCACCCCCGAGACCACACACUGCCGCAAGCAGCCCCGGCCCGUGCGCAUCCAGACCCUGGUGGGCAAUAUCCACAUUAAGCAGGAGAUGGAGGACGAUUAUGACUACUAUGGGCAGCAAAGGGUGCAGAUCCUGGAGCGCAACGAAUCCGAGGAGUGCACGGAAGACACCGACCAAGCAGAGGGCACUGAGAGUGAGCCCAAGGGCGAAAGCUUCGACUCGGGUGUCAGUUCCUCCAUAGGCACCGAGCCUGACUCGGUGGAGCAGCAGUUCGGGCCCGGGGCAAUGCGGGAUGGCCAGGCCGAACCUGCCCAAGCCGAGCAGGCCACGGAAGCUCCUGCCGAGGGUGGCCCACAGCCGCACCAGCUAGAGACAGGUGCCUCCUCCCCAGAAAGAAGCAACGAGGUGGAGAUGGACAACACGGUCAUCACUGUCAGCAACAGCUCUGACAAGAGCGUCCUGCAGCAGCCUUCGGUCAACACGUCCAUCGGGCAGCCAUUGCCAAGUACCCAGCUCUACUUACGCCAGACAGAAACCCUCACCAGCAACUUGAGGAUGCCUCUGACCUUGACCAGCAACACACAGGUCAUUGGCACAGCCGGCAACACCUACCUGCCGGCCCUCUUCACUACCCAGCCCGCGGGCAGUGGCCCCAAGCCUUUCCUCUUCAGCCUGCCACAGCCCCUGGCAGGCCAGCAGACCCAGUUUGUGACAGUGUCCCAGCCUGGCCUGUCGACCUUUACUGCACAGCUGCCAGCGCCACAGCCCCUGGCCCCAUCCGCAGGCCACAGCACAGCCAGUGGGCAGGGCGAAAAAAAGCCUUACGAGUGCACUCUCUGCAACAAGACUUUCACCGCCAAACAGAACUACGUCAAGCACAUGUUCGUACACACAGGUGAGAAGCCCCACCAAUGCAGCAUCUGUUGGCGCUCCUUCUCCUUAAAAGAUUACCUUAUCAAGCACAUGGUGACACACACAGGAGUGAGGGCGUACCAGUGUAGUAUCUGCAACAAGCGCUUCACCCAGAAGAGCUCUCUCAACGUGCACAUGCGCCUCCACCGUGGGGAGAAGUCCUACGAGUGCUACAUCUGCAAAAAGAAGUUCUCCCACAAGACCCUCCUGGAGCGGCACGUGGCCCUGCACAGUGCCAGCAACGGGACCCCUCCUGCGGGUACACCCCCAGGUGCCCGCACUGGCCCCCCAGGGGUGGUGGCCUGCACGGAGGGGACCACUUACGUCUGUUCCGUCUGUCCAGCAAAGUUUGACCAAAUCGAGCAGUUCAACGACCACAUGAGGAUGCAUGUGUCUGACGGAUAAGUAGUAUCUUUCUCUCUUUCUUAUGAACAAAACGACAGAAAAGAAACAAAGCUAUGGCACUAGAAUUUAAGAAAUGUUUUGGUUUUGUUUUUCUGUUUUUGUUUUUGUUUCGUUUCAUUUUGUACUACAUGAAGAACUGUUUUUGCCUGCUGGUACAUUACAUUUCCGGAGGCUCGGGUGAAUGAGAGUUUUCCCAGCCUCCCUCGGAUGGUGGCCUUAAGGCCUGGUAGUGCUUCAAGAGGUCCACUGGUUGGAUCUCUAGCUACUGGCCUCUAAAUACAACCCUUCUUUACAAAAAAAAAAAAAAAAAAAAAAAAAAAAAAAAAACCUUAAAAAAAAAGUAAAAAAAAAUUUUUUUUCACUUGUGAAGAGCACUACAAAAAUAUAUAACAAAAUCUAAAAGGCCUACUGUCUUUAAGUACACCGCUUGCAGUGUUUCAGUGGACAUUUUCACAAUUCUGGCCGCUUGGACUUCACAGUAACCAGUUAAAACUGUGGAAUAUCAAUCACUUCUGGUUGAAAACCCAGAGGAAAGGCCCUGCUGUUUUCCACCUACCACAUUGUCUGAUUUCGUAAAAGGGCUGGGGGUGUUGGGAAGGGGCAGUGGGUCCGGUGGUGUGGGGAAGGCGAACGGCAGGCUUCUCCCCCAGAUUCUACUCGCGUCCACACACCCUGGCCCACCUCCUCCAUGUCCCCCUCUUUCAGCAGAAGCCAGGAAGACUUGGACAAGCGUCAAGCAACAGUGGCUAUAUCGUAUUUAUUCAGUGUCUUCGCUGAGCCACAGCCUCAGCACAAUCAAGAGGGACUUUCAUGAAAGGCAGGAAUGCAGAUAAAACAAAGAUAGAGGUUUGCACCUACGUUUCUAGGUACAAGAGAAGGAUUAUUUCCCACAAUCUUUGCAAAAAACAAAAACAAAAAAAAAAGUGUCAGGAUAUAUUCUUGUGGAACAGAAAAAGAAAGAGAAAUGGAGGGUGGGGGGAAUAAUAAAAAGUUCUCGAGGCUUUUUUAAUUCAAAAUUUUAUAGAGGGGCAAAAGUGACGUUUACCAGAUAGAAUGCUGAUUUUUUUAAUAUAUUUACAACAGUAUUUGUGUAAAAAAAAAACAAAAAAAGUGAGAUUGUUAAAAGUAAUUUUUUUUCGUUUUGGUUUUGCAUACACUGCCACCAGUCCCUUCUCUUUUAUUUUAUUUCACACACAUAUAUAUAUUUUUUGGUAAGUCAAGACUGUUAAGGUUAGCGAUACUGCUUCCAGAUAGAAAGAAUAAAAGGCAAUUAAAGUUAUAUUUGAAAGAGAGGAAGGAUAUUUUCUUCAUAUUUUUUUUAUUUUUUUCUUAAUUUUUAUUAUUUUAAGUAUUGCCUGGGUUGAUGAGGGCCUCUGUGGCCAACCCAUCCCUGCUGUAAUUUGAACUGCUGCUUUGUAUUUUGAUAUGUAGUUCUUUGACUUUUAGCAAGCUUAAGUUGCUCCACUGACUUUUUUUUUUUCAACUGAUCCAUCUAGAAUUCUGUUCUUUUUCAUGGGAGGACUUUAUCUUUCAGAAACAGAUUUCUUGCUUCUCUAAAAGUUCAUUGAGGUCUUACGAUUCUAGAAUUUCUCUUGACUUUACUUCUUUUCUUGAGUGAAACACUAGUAGUCUAGAGGUCGUGACAAAUGGGUUUUCCUUUUGUGGUCAGCCAGGAGGAUGAGUUCACGCCUCCUCACCCUUCACAGCUGCGAAGAGCAGAAGCCUGGUACAGAUCAGGAUGCCUUGAUGCCAAAAUUACUUUCUUCCUUUCAAACACCACCUUCUGACUAUUGCCACCAUGGCUGAGAGGGCUAAAUGAGAUGAUCAUCCUUUAGAGGAUGUAUUAACCCUUGCUUUUUGGAAAGGUUUUAAGAAAAUUAACAAAAAUUUCUCGGAUACCAACAUCCAUCAUUCAAAAGGCCACCAGUUCAUUGCAUCAUCCUAGAUGGCGCUCUCUCUUCCUAGUUGGGAUUUCUCUCCUCGGUCCUGAUCAAAGUAUUGUAAUAGGGAUUUUUCCAUUAUAGACAGUGUCCUGAAGGGAUUCCAACUCAAAUAUGAGAAUUCUUAAACCUAACAAAAACUCCAAAGGUGAUUUUAUUGCUGGGCAUGUUUUAACACUCUUAAGGGGGAAAAGUAAAUCUUUAAACAAAGCAGAAACACCAAACUGUAAUUUUAAAA